AUGCGUAUAUGCUAUUACAAAAAAAAACAACGAGCACCAAAAUAUACUGAAGAACAACUUCAAGAAAUUCUGAUUCGUGCUCAUCGUUUAUAUCGUUUAUUUUCAAAAGGUGAUUAUGAACUGUUGAUGGAUGAUGAAAAACAUUUUUUAUUACACAAUGAAUCUGCACUUGCCAAUCGGGGUUUCUAUUCAUCGGAUACAAAUACUACAACUCCAUAUGUUAAAUUUAAAAGAACCAAGAAGUUUGAACAAAAAUAACUAGUUUGGAUUGCGGUAUGUGAAAAUGGCAUUUCGAAACAAUUCUUCUCAAAACAAAAGCAGGCUAUUGUUCAAACAACUUACUUGGACAACCGUAUUAAGGCACGUUUAAUGUCAUUCAUCAAGAGAUAUUACACCGAGGAGAAAGUCUUAUUCUGGCCCGAUUUAGUUUCGAGUCAUUAUGGUCAUGACGUAAGACAGUAUUUGAAUGAUAAUAAAGAAAAAUUGGUACCAAUUGAAUGCAAUCCUCAAUACUGUCCACAAUGACGUUCAAUAGAAACUUUGUGAUCAAUUAUCGACGACAUGGUAUAUAAGAAGGGCUGAGAAGCAAGAACUAUCGAUUAACUGAAGAAACGAGAUGCAGCUAAAUUGAAAGAAAUCGAUCUGAAACUUGUACGAACUAUGUUUUCAGGUAUACGUAAAAAAAUUCGAAAGAUUGCUGAUAAAGAACCUGACGAAGCUUGUUCUUUUUGCUUGUUGAAACUUUAUCACUUGUACUUUUGUUUCUUAUAACAAAAAAGAAAUAAAAACAAUGUGUUGAAAUAAAAGACUAAAAAUAUUUUUGUACCAAAACUCUUUACACAUAGGUUAAGUUAUAGCAUUUAGUUUAUCCACAUUGAUGGACGAAGGCUGGUUUUUUUGUGGAACUCCAUCGAUAAAAUGAUGUUUCUUCUUCGUCUUAGCAUCGAUUAUGGAGUUGAUUUCAUUACUUUCGAGUUGAAAUGCACGCACUGUAUAAUUACCUGGGGUGAUUACGCGCAUUUCUGCACAAAGGUAAGGAUAUUUUCGGCCGCACUCUACGUAUACAGUAUUCUUUCUCUUCUAUUCAUUAUAUUUGAUUUGAAAUGUACGAACUGUAUAAUUACUUGGUGUAAUUACGUGCAUUUUUGCGCAAAGGUAAAGAUAUUUUCUCUCGAACUCUACGUGUACAGUAUACUAUCUCUUCUAUAUUUGAAUAUAUACUUUAAGAUCGUAUCUAUCAGCAUUAAUGUCGAACGCUGAGAAUAAGAACUUACAGCAUUCAGUUUAUCCACAUUGAUGGACAAAGGUUGGUUUUUUUUCUGGAACUACAUAGAUGACUUGAUGUCUCUUGUUCAUUUUAAACUCGACUAUGAUGUUGAUUUCAUUAGUUUUGAUUUCAAAUGGAUGAACUGUAUAAUCACCUGGUGUGAUUACGAACAUUUCAGCAAAGGUAGCGACAUUUUUUGCGAAAGUUUACGUAUCCAGUGUACCAUCUAUUCUAUUAUUCAAAAUAUACUUUAAGAUUAUAUUUAACAGUAUUAGUCUGGAACGCUGACAAUAAUAAGGUACAUUAUUCAGUGUAUCCAUGUUGAUGCAGGAAGGUUGGAUUUUUUUCUUGAACUAGAUCGACAAAUUAAUGUUUGUUCCUCAUUUUAGAAUCAACUGUGACGUUUUCUGCAGCAGUAUUUUAUUUGAAAUACAGCAAUUGUAAUAUCAACUCACGUGACCAUGCUGGUUCCUGUAUGAAGGUAAGGACACUGUUUUUGGGUAUCCAUACCGAUAUACUGUAUGUCCCACGCUUCGUCACAAACAUAUUUAUGAACAUUUGUAUUGAAUGGUGGUAAUAAAAUAUUCCGACUUCUCUCCCAUGUAAAAAUUUUUUACAAUUUAACGAAAUCUUUUCACAUGAAAAUUCGUUAAAAAUUUAACGACUUAACGAUUAAAUAUGUUACAAUUUCGACCUGGAAAACGCGUUAAAUUUGCU